AUGUUCGCCUUUCGCAGCUAUAGUCCAGUGCUGGCGCGGUUCCGUUUCCUUCGUUCCUUUGCUGGCUCGUGUCCCAGCGGCGUACCAAUACCGAAGAAGAAUAAAUUGCCUCCUAGACCAAAAUGGCUCAUAGUCGAAGAAGAGAUCGAUGAGAAAUUUCUCAAAGGUGGACGGGGCCCUGGCGGACAGAAGAUCAACAAAACAAACUCCAAAGUACAGCUAACGCACAAGCCAACCGGAUUGGUGGUGACUUGCCAGUAUUCGAGGUCUCAGGAAAGUAACCGAAAGAAGGCAAGGGAGAUAUUGGCCUUGAAGUUGGAAGAGCAGCAGAACCCUGAAAAUUCUCGAACCGCAGUACUAAAUUUGCGUAAAAGCAUGGUCAAGCAAAGCAAAGCGAAAAAGCUGAAUAAGAAGUAUAAGGAGAUUGAGGCUAAAAGAGCGGAGGAUAAGGAAAGGAGAGAAUUGGAGGACAGGGCGUUGUUGGAAGGAUUCAGCGAUGACGAACCUUUAUAA